UGGACAGAAGAAUGCGAGAAUAAAAGAGGAAGCCAGAGGAGGAGCCAGCAUAUGGCUGAAAACAGGAUUUAGAGAUGCUUUAGACACGUAUAAAGAUGAGUGACCGAGACAGCAGCAUCUCUGCCUCUCAAACAGAGGGAGAAUUCGAGGGAGAGAUGGAUGAAGAGCUUGAGGGAGACACGGAGAUGGAAGAAGAGAAAAGUGAGAAUGGGAGAGGCAGUCCAGCCCCCAGUCUCUCCAACAUCUCCUCCACUCUGCGCGCCGUUAUACGCAUCAAACAGAAGUACCAAGCAAUGAAGAAACGGCGUCAAGAGAUGGCCCUGGGGGGCCAGUGUGCCCUCACGGGCGCCCCAGGACGAACCAGCCCCAAAAUCUUCACCUUUGAUGGAUUCACCCCCACUGCCUUCUCCUCUCCAUCAUCCAGCAUCCCACAGAGGAAGAAGAGGAGAAAGAAGAAACGGGUGUUGUUUCCCGAAGGAGGGAGACGAAGGGCUGCACCAAAGCAGGACCGCAGCCGAGCCAAAUAUUGCCUGUAUCUGCUCUUUGCCAUCGUCUUUCUCCAGGUCUACAACGCCAUAGAGAACCUGGAUGACCACGUUCUUAGAUAUGACCUGGAGGGAUUAGAGAAGACACUGAGGAGGGAAGUGUUUGGGCAGCAGGGAGCUGUGGAGAGCCUGCUGUCCCACCUGAAGGACUACCUGUCUACCUACGUCCACAACAAGCCUCUGGUGGUAUCCCUGCACGGCCCGACCGGGGUAGGUAAGAGCCACCUGGGACGCCUACUGGCCGGACAUUUCCGCUCCGUGGUGGGUGACACGCUUGUGCUGCAGUACUAUGUGCUCCACCACUGCCCCCAGGAGGCGAACGCCCUGCAGUGUGCCAGUGACCUCUCAGCUCUGAUCUCAGACAUGGUGGAACGAGCCGAGGAGGAGGAGAAAAUUCCGCUCUUCAUCUUCGACGAGGCAGAGCACAUGCACCACGAGAUCCUAGACACGCUGUUGCAGCUCGUGUCCUCCAACCAGUCCAAUGAAUACCUGAAUGCUAUUUACCUGUUUCUAAGCAACCUGGGUCAUGCACACAUCACCAAACAUAUGCUGCACAACUCUUCGAGUAUUUCCAUGGCGAUGACAGCAUCAGGUCGUCAUAGCAAUCUGGUAAAAGAGCUGACUCCUAUUUUACGUAGCAUGCUGGAAGAGCUUCACCCGCUUUGGACAGAGGCUGAUAUCUUACCUCUCAGUCUUUUGGAGAAAGGUCAUGUAAUGGAGUGCUUCCUGGACGAAAUUACUCGAGAGGGAUUCUACCCGGAUCAUGCUAACAUAGAGCGGCUUGCGGGGGAGAUUGAAUACUACCCUGCAGUAGGGGGGCACGAAUAUUCCCAGACAGGCUGCAAGCAAGUGGUGGCUAAAGUCAACCUGCUGUGACAUGCUCUUGUUCGCAUUCUUUUAAACAUGAAGAAAAGGGAGUGAAUUUACAAUUAUGAAACUUGAAUGACACAAUUCAAAGCCAACGCUUUUAAGAGUGGUUUUGUAAGAAUGUAAUAAAAAAAAAUUCACACACAAAAAGGUGGGGAUAUUAAACUUUGUCGGGGGAAACAAGGAAUAAAUUUGGUGAACACUAAAAAUGCGGCAGGCAGUCCCUGAAGGGUGGGUUCACCCAGUGUACAUUAAUAAAAGAUGAUUUAAGUUCCCUGUUGUUGUAUCUCCCAAAUACCUCUGAAUAGCUGCAUAGAAAAAGGAAAACACCUAAACUCAUUUUUUAAACCUAGACAUCAGUACAGUGCUGGUUCACAGAGGAUAUUUCAGUAACUCCAGGGACAGUUCACCUAGCACUACCAGUAAGUAAAAUGUAACUGUCUAAUUAAACCAAUCCAAACACUUAAUGAACUGGCACAAAGGUAUGUUCAGACAUUCAGACACUGCUAAGAGUUUCUGGUUUGACCACCUUGACAUUUGGAGCAGACAUAAAAGAAUCUGGGAGGAUAAAUCCCACUGACUGUUCUUCUGUAUACAUAAAUCAGGCCUGGGCUGUGGUCAAAACCCCCAGUUAUUGGACUGUGCUUUAAAUCAGGCUCUAGGUGCUGUCCCUUGCCUACAGAUUGAGUAUCAGUCAGUGUCUGUUACACUCAUGGUGAAUUUUUUUAAUUGAUUUUUAAAUGUGGGGCAUUAUAAAAGCAGCUCUAUCUAUCUAGUCAUGAAUGCUGAUAAAGAAAAACAAGUGAAGGAUAUACAUCUUACUAAUGGUCUUUUGUGGUAUUGAGAAAUCUCCUGGAUAAGGAUAAUAACAUGCACUGGAGCUGUGUAAAAUUAAUAUUCACCCAUUUAUGAAGGAGGAAGUUCAUAAUGCAAAAGUUACUAAUACCUAUUACAGGAUGUUCACAGGAUGUGUGACAGAUAAUGCAAGUCAGCAGAAUGACAACGCAAGAGCACAUGGUAGCAAAGUGUCUUUGAAGGCAAUCAAUAUAUUUGAAAAGUCUGGUCUCUGGUAGGGUCGUGCAAACAAAGACAGCACAGAUGGGCAUGACCAUAUAUGUUAAAUUGGACCCAUUAUAUUUUUCCUUAUUUACUUUUAUAUAUUAAUAUUUUAUUUAUUUUCAUAUUUUUAUUUUAUUUAUACUAUAUAUAAAUUCUAUAUAUAUAAUACACACCCACAGUUACAUUGGAGGAUGAUCAUACUAAAUGUAUUUGCAUAAAAUGACAUCAAUGUAGUGCUCUAAAUGCUCUGUUUCUGUGUUUUUUCCUGCUCUUCUUGCUUCUGAUGUUAAUUAGAAUUGGUAUGGGUUCCUUUUUAAGGAAGGAAGACAACUUUGAAUGGGAAGGAGCUAAAAACCUCUUGUUCCAGACAGUGGAAGAAUUGAGGGGCUCCACCAAAGCCCAGCACAAGUAAACUGUGAAUCAUGUAAAGGUACUUUAUUAAAGUACAAGAACUUGCUAGUACCCGGGUGGAAAUGACCAUAUUGUUUAAGGUAUCUUUCAGUCCAAUUGAUAUCAACUUUAUGUGCAGAAUUCACCACUUAAACACCAACACUAUUCUUCUUGAUGCAAGUGCAACUUUAAAAGAAUAUUUUUAUACUUUAAGAAAUCUGUUUUCUUCUCAACAGACAUGGCACGAAGGAUAGCACAUAACAUUUGUUAUGAAGCUAGUGGCACAAACUAGCUAGCUUAGUUUAGCAAUAAGGUGGCUACAGAUUAACAACUAGCUUAACACCCCCAUGUAAAGAUAAUUGUUUUAAAUUAUAAGGAACAAUAAGCUAUCACUUA